UUAAUUUUACCUUAGAAUAGUUAAUCUUAUAAUUUUAUAUUUUUGCAUGUUGUAAGUAAGUCAAGCAUGGCUACUAGAGGUCUUCUGCAUUUAGGAAAUACUCAACUUUUGUCGAAUUUUAGCUUUUGUCUGGAACAGACAUCAGUUGCAGUUAGGCCAUUGUUAUGUUAUCAGCAGACUAGAGGUAAACGCAGUCACAAACCAAGAGUGAAAAAUGAAACUUGCCCGUGGCUUGUAAAGAAAAGAACAUCAGACCAUUUUCAGUAUGUGUCCACGGAGAAUAAAGAAUUUCUAGAUGAGGCAGUACAUGAUUACUACAAAGAUCUUUCAAGUCCCCUCAAGGAUGGACCAUGGCCAAGGAAUGAAUGGGACAUAAGAACAAAGAGGACAGGGCUACUUGGUGUCAAGAUUGGAGUACAUGCACAAUGGAAAAAAGACGGAACAAAAUUCUUAUGUGAACUUAUACAAAUUGUAGAUAAUCAUGUGAUACGAUACACACCUCCUGAAGAAUACCAGAAAUCUGCGGGAUAUUUACCUGGUUACAGUAAAAAUGUAGGAUCAGUUGUGGUUGGAGCUAUGAGUGAUUUGCCGUGGCAUUAUACAAAGGAAUAUCAUAAUCUGUUUAUGGAAGCUGGCGUGCCACCAAAAAGAAAAUUAACACGAUUUUUUGUAACCCCAGAUGCUGCAAUCCAACCAGGCACACCACUAAGUGCGAUGCAUUUCAAAGUUGGAGAUAUGGUAGACGUAUCAGCUAAAACGAUAAAUUAUGGGUUUCAAGGUGUGAUGAAAAGAUUUGGUUUUAAAGGUGGACCUGCCAGUCAUGGUGCUACAAAAUUUCAUAGGAGACCUGGAUCAUUAUCUACAGGCAAACAACGAGGUAUGUUCAAGGGUACGAAGAUGCCAGGUAUAAUGGGUGGUGAUUGGAGAAUUACCAAAAAUCUCAAGAUUUGGAGAAUUAACACCAAGUAUAACAUUCUGUACGUAAGCACUGGCACACCAGGCCCUAUCCACAGCUUUGUACGUAUAUACGACAGCACCAAACCUCAUAUCAGAAAGAAAAUGAUUGAAGCUGGUCGACAGGUGUCUAUGCCAACAUUUUAUCCGGAUGACGUUACCGAACCAUUACCAGAAGAUAUAUACCAUGAAGACUUAUUUCAAAUGAGUGACAAAACAAUCAUGUAUCAGGAGGAAAGUGAUAGUUGAUGUGAGAAAAAAUGAUGAAAAUUAUUCUGAACUUUAGGAAGAUAUUAAAGUGUGAAAUUAUCUAGGGCUCUCAAUAUGUGGCCAUGACAUUGCAAUGCUUAAUCUUGAAUUGACAAGUGUUUUAUAUGAACUAGUUAAUGGUAUUUCAAUUUUUAGAAGAAAAUAAAAAGAGCUAGUUAAUGGUAUUUCCUUUCUGAAAAGGAAAAAAAUCAAAAAAAAUCUAAAAAAUGACGAUUGAGGCAUAAAAGCAUUACGGAAACUUUCAUUUUGUGUUGUUAUUUUACUCUUUUUAAAUGUUUAUUAAGUUACACUUACUGGUUAAAAAGAUGACCUUACCUGUUAGUGAAUAAUCUGUUGUGAAGUUUACACUUUUCUCACUUUGGUAGUUUAGCAUGGAGGAAGGUAGUCUAGUACUGGUGUAACUCUCCAGGAACGAUGGUUAGGAAACUACCCGCCUAUAUGACUGAAAUACUAUUGGAAAAGGCGUAAAAUGAAACAAACAAAUAUUAAAACAAACAAACACUUUUCUCACAUAAAUACACAAUCAAAGUUUCCUUUAUGAAUUUUAUCUAGCUUCAAAUUGUUUUCCUAUUACGAUAUGUGUAAGUUAAGGCCACAUAAUAAAUUGUUGUGUUCACCAAGUCCCGUGUACAAACAGAAUAAUAAUUAUAUAUAUUUUGAUCACAUUUUGUAUGUUCUACACCAAAGUUACUUCAACAAAUGAUUAUAAGAUUUUCAACAAAUAUGAACAAAAUCACCCAACAUUUUAUUUUAUUUUUUCCCUUCUCUGAAAAAGCAAAAUUAAGCUGCAUGUUAUCACAGUAGAAGUGACAGUGUAUUUGUCAGGGUUUUGAAAUUUGACUUCAUACAACAGAA